AUGCCAGGAGUUAAUGAAUCUACUGAAAACGGGGAUAAGUCACCAAAGGACAAGUCUGGCACAAUUGUAGCAGCAGAGACGGGGCCGGGAGUAACAAACACCAACACCAACGAAAAUAGUUCAGCACCACGGAAACGGUCAAAGGUGUCGAGAGCGUGUGAUGCAUGCAGACGAAAGAAAAUUAGGUGUGAUGCUGAGUUAAGCUCGUCCUUGCAAACUGUUACAAAGAUUUGUAAUAAUUGUGUUAAGAAUGGCGAAAAGUGUACGUUUUCGAGAGUACCAUUGAAAAGAGGCCCAUCCAAAGGGUACAUAAGGGAUUUGGAAGACAAGUUGGAAAACAAUUCUCAGACUAGAAAGAAGUCAUUUACAUUGGAAACUAAGAACCAACCUUUGCCCUACCCUAACUCGUUGCAGAGAAAUUCAGUUACGGGAGCUACUACCACUUCCCCACCAACAACUACUUCGACGAUUGUUACGUCUGGAACUGCGCAAUCUGGCUCACCUAUUAUCUUACCGCCAUUAAUUGGCGCAUACUCUCAACCAAAGAUAAACGUCUUGCCUCCUGCAGUAUCAUCAGUGAAGAAUAUUGAACAAGGUUCGAAUCCGUCUUCACCAUUGAACGGGAUUUUAAAUCCAUCCGCAAUCGAGCAACAAGUUUCAAAUUCAACCACGACCUCAACUACACCAUCUAAUAAUUACCAUGCUACUCAUAGUCCUCCUAUCCAGGGCCCUUUUUGGAAAGUGCCAUACGAAAUGCCUGGUAACAAUAAUUCUAAUAACAACAAUAGCAAUUCAUUUAAUUCCGCCCAUAAUCGUAAGUUAUCUGUCGAUUCUAUUUCAUCGAAUUCUUCGAAUGGUUCAAGAUCAAGGUUACCUUCUUUAAAAACUUCCAACUCAAUAUCAAGUGAUAUGGGAGUAUCUGAUAGUGACGAUGAUUUUUAUUCUAUUAGAUCAUUUAAACAACCGAGGCAAUCUUCUCAGUCAUUGUCACCUAGGAACUCGAUUAGUUCAUUAUCAAGUUUGAAUGGUAGAAUGAACAAAAACUUGGUAUUGUCUCAACAAUCUCAUCCUCAUCAACAAGUAAUUAUGUCUCCCCAUGAUCAACAAGCUCCACCACCCCAAAAUAUGUAUUAUUCCUCAGCAGGACAUGUUAAUACGUCUCCUGUCUAUCGUCCAAAUUUACCUCAAAGUGGUCCAUAUGGAGCGCCUCAGACAUAUUCCAAAGUCCCUGCUAAUUCAAUUGAGCAAAACUUAUCCAUAUACUACGCAAAAUUCCAUAAUAAUUUUCCAAUUUUACCGUUUGACCAAAACUUAAUAGUGAAUAUUUUAGAAGGUCUAGUCCUCAAUGAUCAAACUAAGUUGAUUGUAGAAUUGUUUAACUGUUCUUUAACUAAUUUGAAUAAUUUUCAAUUUCAGAAUAUCAACGAUAAUAUUAAUCUAAUCUUAAGGAUUUUGCAAAUGUAUCCAUUCAACAACUUCGGAAUAAAGUUGAAUGAUAAUAUCCUUAUCUUAUUUUUUUCAUCAUUGAUUUUAAUAAAUUAUUCCAUUUUAAUGAAUGGUGAUACCUAUUCUUUGGGCAUUUCAUUGACAGCAUCAAUAUUGAAUGAUUUUAAAGUUUUAGAGAAUUUCAAUCUCUUGAUUAAAAGUAAUAUUAAAGACUUGGCCCCUGAUGAUAUUAAAUUAUACUUGCCAAAACUUUAUUAUUGUUUAUCGAUAAUGGAUAACCUUCAUAGUUUAAGUUUUGGUAUCCAAAAUAUUAUCCACAACAAUAAAUUGGUAGAAUUCUUAUAUGCUAACUUGACGAUAUUGAUCCCCAUGAAUAUUGAUAAUCAAAGCAUAAUAAAUUUCAAGAUUUCCAAACUCUUGAGCAGUUUGAUUAAUACGAGAGAUGAGGUCAUUGUAGAUAAUUCAUUAAAAUAUACUCUUAAGAGGAACAAAGAUGAUUGGAAUGACGGUGCUUAUUCACAUCAGGGUCAAGAUUUUGCAUCGUUAUUUAUCAAUUUUAACAAAGAUAAAUAUGACUUGAUUGAAUAUUUACAUGAGCUUAGUCAAUCCUUGAAUAAAAUGGAGCCUAUUGAAGAUAAGAUGAAGGAUUCAAUUCGUGAUUAUCAUUUACGGUUAUGCAAAUUGAUUAAGAAGCUAUCACAAACUAUAAUAAAUUUAGCCAACUACAUUUCUACAAUAAGCUCGCAAAAUUCGAAUACUAAUAGUCCCGGUACAAAUAAUAAUAACUAUAAUUCUGAAUUAUUAACACCAGUCUUGAAUAUCUCGUUUGGCCAGUCUUAUAAACUAAUUAAACUUUGCAAAUUGGUAAUUGAUAGUUUACUUAAAUCAAUUGAUGAUGCUGAUUUGACAAACAAAUUAAUCAAAAUGAAUAAUGAUCUUUCGAUUGCAUAUAAUUUGCUAAACAGUAAUUUGAAUAAAUCGUUCAAUCCAUCUGUUAUUUUGGGACAAUUCUCUAUGAAUCUAAUAAAGAAUAAAAUUGAAUACUACAACUUGAAUUUUAACGUUCCAAACCAAGUACUGAAUAAAGGAUCUGAUCUAAACCAAUGGAGAAACGAACUUGUCAAUUCGAUCAUGCCUUUCAUUGAUAAAGAAGAUAAUGAUGGUUGGUAUUAA